AAGUCAAAGUCUUUGGCCUUAAUUUCAGAAAUCAAAAUUUAGGUAAUAUUCUCACCAACGUCAUGACACGUUUAUCAUAAAACCCAACAUGGUGCAGAGUUACAAAGACAUUAGCCACAAAAGCACUUGUGUUGGAAAUGAAAAUGCAAGGGAUAAUCUCCUAUGCAAUCUGUUAUCAAGCCAUUCUACUCUUGCUUUUCCACAUUCUAAGUUCCCAAUCUGGAGCAAAGGCCACUCCGAUUUCUACCGGAAAUGAAACCGAUCAUCUGGCCUUGAUAGCCUUCAAGUCCAAGAUUUCAAAUGAUCCUCAGGGGAUUUUGAAGUCCUGGAACGAUUCUAUCCACUUUUGCUGGUGGGCAGGCAUCACUUGCAGUCAUAGAAGACACAGAGUCACCAUCUUGGAUAUAUCGUCCAGAGGCUUGGUGGGUUCUUUAUCUCCUUCCAUAGGGAACUUGAGCUUUCUUCGUGAGAUUAGACUUUCAAAUAACAGCUUUCAUGGGGAUAUCCCACUUGAAAUUGGACGUCUAUUCAGAUUACAGCGACUAAAUCUGAGUUACAAUUCCUUUGAAGGAAAGCUCCCAGCCAACUUGUCUGGUUGCUCCAACCUCAGUGUCCUCCACUUGGAUGACAACAAGUUAGCAGGAAAACUUCCAGUGGAGCUUGCUUCCCUGUCGAAGCUUACAUAUCUUUCUAUUCGUGACAAUCAUUUCACCGGAGGGAUCCCACCUUUCCUUGGGAAUCUUACAUCUUUAAUAUACUUGGCUGCACGUCUUAAUAACUUUGGAGGUAGGAUUCCAGAUGCCCUAGGUCGAUUGAGAAGCUUAAAACGUCUUUCACUUGGAGGAAAUAACAUCACCGGUAAGAUCCCCCCAUCAAUCUAUAAUCUUUCUAUGCUUUCCAUUUUCGCCUUGGGUCAAAAUGAACUGGAAGGUGAUCUUCCAUGGGACAUAGGGCUCACCCUUCCUCAUCUAACAUUCUUCCAAAUAUGGGAAAACUAUUUUAGGGGGCAGAUUCCAGUAACAUUAUCCAAUGCUUCAAAACUUAGUCUCAUUGACAUGGAAAUAAACAAUUUCUCUGGCAAAGUAACAGUUCCCUUCGGGCAUCUUCAACAGCUUGUAGCCUUGGGUUUGCAGAAUAAUCAUCUAGGAAGUGGUGAAUCCGAUGAAAUGAACUUUUUCAGUUCUUUGACCAACUGUAGCAAUCUGAAAACAUUACAUCUUGCUACUAAUAAGUUCUCGGGAAGAUUGCCUAAUUCUAUAGCCAAUUUCUCUACCAAUCUAAUGGAACUUGAAGUUGCAGAAAAUAACUUAUUUGGAGAAAUCCCUUCAGAAUUAGGGAAUCUUGUAGGCUUGAAUUUGUUUGUAGUAGGAAACAAUCAGCUUAUUGGAAAAAUUCCAAAAGAAAUAGGCCUACUUAAACAACUGCAGUAUAUAGAUCUUAGCAUGAAUAAAUUCUCGGGAGAAAUUCCAGAUUCUUUUAGAAAUUUAACAUUAUUGACUGAGCUUUAUCUUGAUAACAACAAGUUAAAUGGUAGUAUACCAUCAGGCCUUGGGAAAUGCCAGAAUUUGUUGAUAUUGACAAUUAAUGACAAUGACCUCAGCGGUUCCAUGCCCAAAGAACUUUUCAGCAUUUCUUCUCUGAGUCGUUUUCUCGACCUUUCUCAUAAUCAUUUGGUUGGAUCAUUACCUUCAGAAGUUGGUAAAUUACAACACUUAGGGAGACUGGAUGUAUCUGAGAAUAAGCUCUCUGGAAAAAUCCCAAGUAGCCUGAGUGGUUGCACCAGCCUUGAGAUCCUUAAACUGGAGAAAAACAAGUUUCAGGGCAACAUUCCUCCAUCUUUAAGCUCUAUGAGAGGAAUUCGAGCAAUUGAUCUCUCUUGCAACAACUUGACUGGUAAUAUCCCUCAAUACAUGGAAAAACUUGCAUUGGAGUAUUUGAAUCUAUCUUUCAAUAAUUUGGAAGGAGAGGUUUCAACAGAAGGCAUCUUUGCAAAUGCAAGUGUGGUGUUUGUUGGAGGAAACAAGAAACUUUGUGGGGGAAUUGCUCAGCUUGGGUUGCCCAAAUGCAACAGCAAACAAGGAGACAGAGGAAAACUUUCACCAGUGAUGACAAUAACAAUAGUUGUCUCCAUUACAUGUGCAAUUAUAGGAGUAAUUGUUGUGUCUUUCUUCCUGUUUGGCUGGUCUAAAAGGAAAAACAAAGGCCAAUCUUCUGGAUCUUUAAUGAGGGAGCCAUUUAGGCAACUUUCUUAUGAAGCUAUCCUCCAAGCAACUGAUGGGUUUUCUUCAACAAAUUUAAUCGGCAAAGGAAGCUUUGGUUCUGUCUAUAAAGGAGUUCUUCAAGAAGAUGGAACUAAUGUUGCAGUCAAAGUGCUUGAUCUUGAGCAUCGAGGAGCUUUCAAGAGUUUCUUAGCAGAGUGUGAAGCCUUAAGCAACAUUCGUCAUCGGAACCUUGUGAAGAUCGUAACUUCUUGCUCCAGUAUUGAUUUCAAAGGCAAUGAUUUCAAGGCUUUGAUUUAUGAGUUGAUGGCCAAUGGAAGCCUAGAAAACUGGCUGCAUUCAUCUGUUCAGGAAACAAAUAAUGGCCAAUCCAAAGUCCAGAGUCUUAAUCUUUUGCAGAGGAUAAGCAUUGCUAUUGAUGUUGCUUCCGCUCUUGACUACCUUCAUCACCAUUGCUUGAAUCCAAUCGUUCAUUGUGAUUUGAAGCCGAGCAACGUUCUCCUGGACAAUGACAUGACGGCUCAUGUCGGAGAUUUUGGGCUUGCAAGAUAUUUUUCAGAGCUAAGAAUGCCAAAUGCAAGUAGCUCCGUUGGAGUGAGGGGAACAAUUGGGUACAUUGCUCCAGAAUAUGGCAUGGGAAGUGAGGUUACAAUCCAUGGGGAUGUAUAUAGUUAUGGAAUUCUAGUGUUGGAGAUGAUGACAGGAAAGAGACCAACAGACAGCCUCUUUGAAGGUGGCCUUAACCUUCAUAACUAUGCCAAAACAGCCUUACCUGAUCAGGUUAUGGAGAUUGCAGACCCAAAACUCCUACAUGAAGCUCAAGCAGCUACCAUUAACAGUCAGAUUCGUGUUCGGGCACGGUAUAACAGCCUAAGGGAUUGUUUGAUCUCUAUGAUUAGAAUUGGCGUGGCAUGUUCCGUGGAGUCACCUCAAGACCGUAUGACCACAAGUGCUGUUCUCACUGAGCUGCAUAUGAUAAGGAACAAUCUUCUACGAAGCCAAGCACACUACUAGCAUAUCUCUAGGCUCUGGGUCUGAAUGUUAUUCAAUAUAUUCAGUUAUGAAAUAAGUGAAAUGUUUUUCUUUCUUUCUUUUUAUUUUUUUCUUCGGUUUGUGAGAAGCAAGGAAAGCUGAAAAGUGUGUCGACUCGAAUCAUGUUAUAUAAUGUUUAUAAAUUCUGUUUGCUCAUCUCAGCUUCUACGGUGUUCUGGGGAUCUCCUCCCUUCACCACUUGGGUUUUGCUUGUCUCUCAUGAGCUCCCACCAUGGCUGUUUAUAGCUGGAGGAGACCUUCAACUCUCCCGUCCGAUCAUUCCUCAACUUCUCACCAUUGAUCGAUAACGGCAUCUCGGAGAACCAUCGUUCUAGCUCGGUGCUGGACCCAUGGGGAAGAGGAAUCGGCCACAAUGCAGAGGAUGGAGCUUCAAUUGGUUAAUUGAAGGGUUUAAAGACAAUCCACUCUGCGAUCGAGGGUACGGUGAUGUACUUAGCCCUAAUCCAACUUAAAGGAGGAAGACAGACAAAACGCAUGACAUUUGUGCGUUUUGUUAAUUUUAAUUUAACUACUUUUGUUUGUUAUCCUUUCUCUUUUGGAGUCUCAAAGCUUUAUCCCUUAUCUUUUCUUUGAUUUCAUUUUAGUCCCUGAAAUUUACAAAUAAAGUUUUAUGAGCUUU